ACGCACGGGUUUGUGAGAAGUCCCCUCCGAGUUCCCGUACCUUACGAAAGCGAAGGUUAGUUAGCUCGAAUGCUAAUUUCACAUGUUGCUGCUGUGACAUUGACGGCGACUGCGACAGACUCGCGUUUUAUUAUCGUCCGUUGAAAUUAGAAAAAGGAUCCCCGUCAUGGUGACUGGAAAGCGUCUGGCCGACAUCGGCUAUCGGACCUUCUCCGCCUCGAUGAUGCUGCUGACGGUGUACGGCGGAUACCUGUGUGUCAUGCGAGGAUACCGCUACGUGCAGCGGCAAAACCAGCUGAAAGUGGCAGCGGAAAACCAGGAUCCUGGAACCAUCAAAGACUGAUGAGACUGAUCUCCCUUUUCUUUUGCACAGAUGUGGACAUUUCCCCCAUUCCUCCCCCUUUUUUUGUCCAUCCCUAAGUCACCAAGAUUUUGAUUCGGAUCGGGAUGUGUUGGUCUAUUUGUGAGGGUGUCGUGUCCUCACAAGGAAGAUGUUUUGUUCAUGUAAACACAAAGAAAAUGAAUCAAAAGCCUAUUAUUUGCAACACUGGCCUGUAUCAAACCCUUGUCAUGAGUGAAGAUGGCUGUAAUUGUUUGUAUUAUAUAAUAUUAAAUGCCUUCAACCACA